AUGGCGUCUGCGAAUGAUCCAGUCUUCCUGCGUCGGAACAACCAGGUUCAGGAUGCGAUUGACGGGCAGAAUCUGAAGCAGGCGCUUCAGUUGGUCGAAAAACGCAUGAAGAAAGGCGAGGACACAAGAUUCUUGAAAGCUUGGAAAGCGCAUAUCCUCUUUCUCCAUGCAGACGAUGCUCACAAGCAGCGUGGAAUUGCCGAGACCCUCGAGCUUUGUGCCGCCGAACCCCCUACCACCGACCUCGAAACCUUGGACAAGCUCUUCCGGACGCUGCAGAGGCUGGACGGGCAUAGUGCGACUAGAAGUAGUCUGUGGGAGAAGGCCUCCAAGGCAAAGCCACAAGAUCUGGAGAUUCAGCUAGAAUGGUUUACAACUUCGUUUGAAAGCAAUGACUGGAAGUCGGCGCAAAAGGCUGCAAUGAGCCUCCAGAAGAACUUCCCUAGGGAGCGGAAGUAUUACUUUUGGGCCAUCUUACUCACGCAUCUUCUCGCAACAGAUGCUGCCAGUUCUGACAUGGAGCGCAAGCUUUUUGGAACAUUGGGGUAUCGGAUGGUCUCAAAAGCAGCUGCCGACGUUCCUGCCAAUCCGGCCGAUCUGUUGAGCCACUCACGCGUAAUUCAGACUUCUGAGGAGCUAAGAUUGCUUAUCAAGAUUUUCGAGUCUCAGAACCAGCAUGCCGAAAUUGUCAAGAUUUUGGAUAGCGAAAACCUUGGUCUCAAAUCUCGGAUUAUCCGAAACGACAAGAGCUUCCUCAUCAGUAAAGCCACGGCCUUGGCGUCUGCUGGACUGUGGGACGAAGGCCUGGCUUUUGCGAAAGACCUUUACACUGUCUCCGAGGGUAUGAUCAAGAAGAAGCUUCGCGAGCUCGAUGAUUGGGGCAUCUGGAGUCUGUUGGUUGAAGCUAUACGGAACAUCAAAACUCCCGGAAUUGCCACUGAGACACAAAAAUUUGUCGAAGAGUUCAUCAAAGCCAAUCCUAAGUCCCGCAAUGCGGCUCUGGCCUUUAUUGACUUGUCCAUAUUCGGGAUGCAACGGGGAGAGAUGACCGCGGAUGAUGUUCUCUCAGCUUGCCAGAGAUACGCAGAUCAACACAAGCACAAGCUCUAUUUGUUUGGCGAUCUACGAAGAGCGUUAGCUGAUAACAGAACUGCCUUGUCGAAGAUUGCCGACUAUCUUUCAAUUGCUAAGGAUGAUGGCAAAGAUUUCAUUGUUCCGAUGAUCAACUCUCUCAAAAUUUCCUACUGUCUGAACAUCUCAGGUGCCGAGGACAGCUCUUCCAAGAACAAGGUUGAGGCAUUUGUUAGGCAGUGCCUGAACCUCUAUCAGUCUUGCAUCAACAAAGGAAGUCCGGAAAAGACCAAGGAGGAGGAAGCGGCUUCUGCCACUGAAAGCCAGCCUAGAGAUGAUCUGUGCAUUCUUGCUGCUAUGGCUCUUCUUCGUGCAAGUGAGACUGGUGAGAUCCAAGCGCGGGUUCCAGAUUCGGCUCUCAUUCGUGCCGCUAGCGUUUUGGAACGGCUUCUGCUCGAUUCGCCUCACAACUACCAGGCUCGUUUACUCUUGGUUCGCACCUAUCUUAUCCUUGGUGCCGGCUCUCUUGCAUUGAGCACAUUCAGCAAGCUUUCAGUCAAGCAGAUUCAAUUUGAGUCUGUUGCUCACAAUCUCUUUACCCGCCUCGCAACUAUUCACCCUCACUCUGCGCCGCCAGUCGAAGGCGCCGAGUACAAGGACUUUGACCCUCAAGCAGCAUUUAUUCAGGCCCUUAACUUCUACCGUACCUCCGAGGUAUCAACACUCAAGUUCCGCACUCGUUGCAUAGUUGAGGGAAGCUUUGUCAAUGCGGAAGAAAUGGUUCAGCUGCGGGAUCGCCUCAGGAACAGUAUCUGUCGCAAGAUGUUUGCGCUCGAAGUGCGACGCUCGCAGAGACUGGCGGGAGGAGACCCAUUGGCUCGCUAUGAUGAUAUAGCUCGCAAUGCCUCUCCUUCCACGGACAACCGAGAUUACGAUGUGUUUAUGAACUGUGAAGGCCUAGAGAAACCUUCAUUUGAGCAGAGAAUGCGCGUUGGACCGAUUCCCAAGGAAAACUGGAUGGUUUCUGCCCGGGUUACCGACCAACUGUUUUGCGUGCUGAAGGGCAUUACUUUGCAGAAGCCACUCACACUGGAACUGGAUGUCCAUGAACUCGAGACGUUGAGCAUCUCCGAGGCAGCAGGUGAUCAAACAGUCUCGGAGAAAGAGGCAGCCAAAAUUCAUUCAUCGCUACUAAAAGCUGCAGUCUUUAUGGCUGGGUCGAAAACCACCACCCCUGAACAAGCCGACAAGGCUCUCGUCGAAGUGGAGGAAUUUCUGAAAUUAAAGAAGAAGGAUCUGACGCUUGAUUCCACUGAUGUCUCGCCGAUCAUUUCCACUACCGCUUUCUACCUAUCCGAUCUGCCGACUGCGCCCACCUGGAGAUUUUUCCACGUUGUCUUCACGCUUCUGGAGACACUGAAUGCUCUUUCUCAACUCACUACGUUAGCUUCACGGAAGGGUUCUAAGGCCACCAAACUCCCCAAAGAGCGUGUUGACCGGCUCUCUACUCUGGUCGCUGAGAUCUUUGAUCUCGUCCGGGCUAACACCAAGGCGCUUAAGAAGCGCGUUUCCGCAUCUGGUGUGCUGAGUGGCCUGGUCGACCUUGUCGGCCAAGGCGACCCAACCAACAGCUACAACCAGGAACUCCAGCAAACACUGGAGGCCACCUUGGAUGGAUCUGCAGUCGAGGUAUUCUGCGGCUCUCUGAUGGAGAGCUGGGAAGACGCCCUGGAUGGAGUCAUAGGACCUGAAUGGGUGAUUAGCCCUAGCCCUAAUAACUCGCCUACCGCACACCGCGCCAAGACCCGCAAUUGUGCGGUUCCCGUUACUAGGCGGAUCUGCUCACUGGAUUCUUCAUUCCCUUUCUACGACAACCACCGCCAACCUCCCCAGUCACCAACCGUCGAGAUGGCCCAGGAACGCUCCGGAAUUGUGCUCGGCACCAACAGUGGCCACAAAACCACUGCCCUCAACACCCCCAAGAACAAGAUCAGCCGUACCAAGGGCCAAUCUUCCCGCCGCACUCAGUUCGUCCGCGACAUCACCCGUGAGGUCGUCGGUCUCGCCCCCUAUGAGCGCCGCAUCGUUGAGCUGUUGAGGAACGCCCAGGACAAGCGUGCCCGCAAGCUCGCUAAGAAGCGCCUCGGUACUUUCGGCCGUGGCAAGGCUAAGGUUGAGGACAUGCAGCGCGUCAUCGCUGAGUCCCGCCGUGUCCAGGGUCACUAA